GCGGCCGCCGGGCUGUCAAUCCCGCGCAGGUUGAGCUCGGCGGCGGGAGCAGCGGCGGCGGCGGCGGCGGCGGCGGCGCGGCGGCGGCGGCGGCGGCAGAGGCGAUGGGACCCCGGCGAGAGAUCUGCGGCUAGCCGGCUGCACUUGCUCCACGGGUCGGGCCAUCAGAGGGGCCAGGAUUGGAAAAUGUGCCAUUGAAAAGGAAGGCCCAGGUGCAAACAGCAAGGAGGAGAACAUCUAAGCUGGGAGGAUGAGAUCUUGCAGCCAUGUCUGUGGGUCCAAACAAGUGCAGGCAGCUACAGAGGGCAGCUACCAGCGCUACGGAGUCCGGUCCUACCUGCACCAGUUUUAUGAGGACUGCACCACCUCCAUCUGGGAGUAUGAGGAUGAUUUCCAGAUCCAGAGAUCACCUAACAGGUGGAGCUCCGUAUUCUGGAAGGUCGGACUCAUCUCCGGCUCGAUCUUCGUGAUGCUCGGAUUGACUGUUCUGGCAGUGGGCUUUCUCGUGCCCCCCAAAAUCGAAGCUUUUGGUGAGGCCGAUUUUGUGGUGGUGGACACCCACGCCGUCCAGUUCAACAGCGCCCUGGACCUGUGCAAGCUAGCGGGAGCUGUUCUCUUCUGCGUCGGGGGCACGUCCAUGGCGGGGUGCCUGCUCAUGUCGGUAUUUGCCAAAAGUUACUCCAAAGAAGAAAAAUUCCUGCAGCAGAAGUUCAAGGAGCGCAUCGCGGACGCGAAGGUGCACACCCAGCCGGUGACCAGAGCGCCGGGGCCGGGAGAAACGAAGAUCCCCGUCACUUUGUCCAAAGUGCAAAAUGUCCAGCCCGUAUCGGCCACCUGAACCCUUCUCCAGCCCCACCUCCCUCUCUGAUGCACACGCACGGUCCGCAUGGCACGGGACAGGCUCGGACACAAGGACAGGGAAGGACCGGGGACUGCUGCAUUGGGCAUCUCACACUUGCCUGGUUGGGGUGGGGGGGUCGUGGAGGUCCGUGCCACACGUCCACCUGUGUGCACACACCUAGAUGCUUGUAGGGGUGUUUCUGUAUGUCCCCGGGAGCCCUCUGGAACUCUCUCAUCCAUUGUGACAUAGUGUCUUUCUACGUAGUGUUGGAAAGUGCUCCCCGGUGUACACCAGCCUCCCGGUGGCUGCCAUGAUUUCUUUUCUGAUCUAGUUUUGGUUCCUGAUCUUUCCUGUGUGGUGCUGCCCCCCCCCACUCCUGUCUCUGUGUAAAUAGUGUCAUGUGUGUCCAUAGAAAAAAUUGAGCUCCCUGAAUCAGACCCAAACAUUUGUCUUUGAACCCUAACUUAAGGUGAUGGUCUUAAGGUUGGGUCCAGAGGUAGCGGCGUUCUAAAUCUCUUUGCUUUCUCCAGCUGGGUUCUUAUUUAGAAAGCUAAAUUCACAUCUUUGGGAUCCUAGAGAAGAGGGGACGAAUAGGGGUAUCUUGUUAGGCAGUGCUCCUGAGCACUGUACCAGAAGUCAAGAAAUUGGACUUCCUUCUGCUACAUAGCUGGAUGGACCUGGGGGAAAUCAUUGACUUCCCACAUGUCCAUUUCUACAACUGCAUAAAGAGGGUCUGACUGUGAAAUCUGGACUUUUUUUUUUUUUUGCCCGUGUCAUCGUAUUUCCCCAUGCCACCCCAGGAUAGAUACGGGUGGGGUCCUCGUGGCUCGCACCCCAUGGGAUUUUUUUUCAGGCCUAAACUCCUGAAAAUCUGCCAAGUCAGCACCUCCCCAUGACCCACCCUGAUAGAUAUCCAACCCAGCAGUUUAUAGAUAUAAUGCUAUCAUAUUUUUGUAAAGACAGAAGGAAGCCAUUCUUCAAUAGGAAUGCCCCCCUCCCCCCAAAAAAAGUAGAUAAAAACUUUCAAAAGGGGUUUUCUUUCUCAAAUAAGAACACUUUUCUCAGCAAGGUGUUCACCUCAUCCCUUUGCACUUUUAUUUCAUCUGUGGAUUUAAAUGAAGACAGAAGGAAACGAAAGAUGUGACUGUGGUAUUCCCUCUGAGUGGGUGCCCCUUCAAGUUCUGUCUUUUUGAUUUCUCCUCUCCUCCCUUCACUGGAUAAAUAAAAUAUGUGAGCAAGCGGAA